AUGACUUUUGUGAAAGAAUCUAGCGACGACGUGAGAGCCGCGUAUAUCAAAGGGACGAGUCAAGCCGAGCUCCGCAACUAUAGAUGUCGACUCACUGUUCAGAGUUAUCAGUCGAUGGUCCUGGUGGACGUGACGCCUCUGGUGGAACUGAAUGCGGCGAUUCCCCUGCGCUUCAUCUUCACGGACCAGGACUUCCUCCCGGGGCAACGUGAAGCUUAUCAAACAGCCAAAGAGCCGAAGUCCCUCGUGGACAUCAAGGGGGAUAAUUUCUCGCUUUAUACGAUCUCAAAGGAAGCAUCAAUUGCAGCGGCCAAAAAGUGGUUGCUGGAGCAUUUGACCAUCAUGUAG